AUGAGAUUCCUUUCGCUUACCUCUGCUCUGGCUGCUCUUGCUUCCCUCGCUGCUGCUGAAGAACUUACCACCUACUCUCUGGUUAUCAACAGAAACGGUGCUGUCUUCACCAAAGUCUUGACCUCUACCGUUGGUAACACUGACCUCGGAUAUGCCGCUCAAUACGCCACGGACACUUCCAUCCACGUCUACACCGUUGGAGAUGCUGAGGCUUCUUCUUCGUUCUGGGCAUACGUUAACGGUGCUACUUCCACUGAGUCUUCGUCUACUGCCACCUCCACCGCAGAGACCACUUCGACUACUGAGGCUUCCUCUUCCGAAGUUACCUCCACUGCCGAGUCCACCGAGGCUUCUGCCACCUCUUCCAGCGCUGCUGAGCUGACCACUGAGAGUGUUGUUCUGUACAAGAACAACCACCUCUUCACCAAGGUCGUCACCAACACUGUCGGCGUCGAGAACCCUGAGAAGGCUGCUAACGCUGGAAACACCAACGUUUUGGCUUACACCGUUGGUGACGCCAGCGCUUCUGCUUCCUUCUACUCUGCUCUGUACGAGAGAACUGCUUCCGCUCAGUCUUCUUACUACUCUAGCGGCUCCUCUUCAUCUGCUGCCGCCUCAUCUGCUGCCUCGGUUGCUACUUACGAGGGUGCUGCUGCUGAGACUGUUGCUAGAGUCGGUCUGGGUGCUUUGCUCUCCGGAAUGGCCGUUCUUCUUAUGUAA